AAGUUGUAAACCAAAAUCAAACGGCCCAGCUCAGCCUUAGCCCUAGAUCGAUUCAUUUAGUUAACACGUGUACGGUAAAGGAGACCUAAGCGUAACACUUAACCGUGGAGGCUGUAUCACAGUAGUAUUUUUACACUAUUUCCUUUUGACGAGCACAAAUCGAGUGCUCCAUCCGCACCAUAUCAACCACUCUCUCUCCUCCUUCUCUCUCCUCACCGCGAAACCUAACCUUUCUCUCUCCUCAAUCGCCGGUCUUUUGCCGUCGGUGCGCAUUCCCAGUUUCUCAGUUGAACACGGUACUUUCGUACGAUACGUUGGAGGCUGAUUUUCUCCUGGAGAUUGUUUGCUCAUUGAACUUGGAACUUCAGAAUGUCUUUCCAGAACAAGGGAUCUUGGAUGGCGAAGGGUGGUGGACAUCUAACUGAUGGGGAUGCAGCAUAUGAUAACCCCUCAAGAGUUGAACCGAAGCGUUCUCAUCAAUGGUUUGCUGAUGCUAACGAACCAGAGCUAUUCCCCAACAAGAAGCAAGCAGUACAAACUCCAAAUGGCAAAUCAACUGCAGGAAUCCUCAACGGAAAUCCUCCUCCUUUGGGGACUGCUUCCAGUUUCCUUCCAUCAGUCCCUAGCCAAUUCAUGGACCGGUUAUUUGGAGGUGAGACAGACAGGCCUUUUGAUUUUACUGAACAAAACAUCUCUUCUGUUGGUACGGAUGACUCGAGUAUGAGAAAAAAUUGUGUCAACAACCAACAUGGAAAUGAUUCAUCUGUGAGUUUGUCUAUAUCUAAUGCUAUAGAAGAUCCAGAAAUAUGUCUUAGCUAUGGUGGGGUUAGAAAAAUUAAUAGCUAUCAGAUUAAGGAUUCUGACAGUGGUUUUCAUGUACCAGAGGAACAUAAUAGGGGCAGUGAUCAGGCUUAUAACCAGGAAAAUGAAACCGAUUACAUAUCAAUGGGUAAGGGAUAUAGUAAGGAGGAUGAAAGUGUAAUGUUGAUGGGCCAUACCUACAAGGGCAAUUCGAACAUCAGAUCCAUGGGCUAUGCCUUUGAGAAAGGGGAUGACAGUAACAUAUCAAUCGGUCAUGGCUAUAAUAAGGAAGGGUUUAAUGCACUAUCUUUUGGUAGCUUUCAAGAAGAAGAACCUGAUAUUGACCCACUGGCUCGUCCCUUGAGCAGCUAUGAGUUUACUUUUGAUCAGUCUUCUGUUCAAAUAUCUGAAACACCCAACGGUCCCAACAUAAAUGAGGUGGAUGCGUCAACUGCAAUAGCUCUACCUGUUUCUAAGGUAGCUAAACCCAGACCAGACUCAGCGUCGAAGAAUAAGUCAGAGCAAAAAGUGACUAGAAAAGAAAAAGAGGCACCAAACAGCUUCCCAUGGAACGUCAAAACCUUGAUAUCAACUGGUAUACUUGAUGGAGUGCCUGUGAAGUAUAUUGCUGUUUCACGGGAGGAGCUUGCUGGAGUUGUAAAAGGUCCAGGUUAUCUCUGUGGAUGUCAAUCGUGCAAUUUCUCCAAGGUGCUAAAUGCUCAUGAGUACGAGCGUCAUGCUGGUUGCAAAACGAAACACCCCAACAAUCACAUAUACUUUGAAAAUGGAAAAUCCACUUACCAGGUGGUCCAAGAGUUGAGGAGCAUCCCAGAAACUCAGUUGUAUGAUGCAAUUCAAACUGCAACUGGUUCACCAAUCAAUCAGAAGGCCUUCCUCACCUGGAAAGAAUCAUUUCAAGCUGCUACUCGCGAGCUUCAACGUAUAUAUGGGAAGGAGGACCUGCAUAGUUAAUGUUAAUUAGCAUGGACGAGAUGAGGAUGGUCUGUCGAUCACUUGAUGUGCAUAUAAGCAAAUUCUAAGUUGCCGUUAAUUUUACUGUAUGAAAGACGGACACAAGAAUGGUAUGCUAGACUGUCUUGCAGGAAUUGGAAAAGCUUUUGGAAACUACUAUAAUUAAUAUACAUUGGUUGCUAAGGAUA